UUAAAAGCGGACCGAGGAUCCGCUGCUGGGACACGCUGCUCACGGUGAAGUCAAGAUGUUCAUGGACGAGCGGAUUGUGACUCUGUUCAAAAGGAACUUCCACCACACGUUGACCUACUGGAGCGUCUUCUUCAGCUUCGGACUCUGCAUCGCUUUCCUCGGACCGACCAUUCUGGACUUGCAAUGUCAGACCAAGUCCACGCUCAGUCAGAUCACCUGGGUCUUCUUCGCCCAGCAGUUCUGCUUGUUGAUCGGCAGCUCGGUCGGCGGCGUUUUCAAGCGCACGUUGUUCCGUGCUCUGGCCGCCUUGUUCGUCUCGGCUCUCGUCAUCUCCGUGAUAUUCGCCAUCAUCCCUCUGUGCCAUAACGUGCUGCUGCUCGCCACCGCCAUGGCCGUGUCCGGUUUGGCGAUGGGCGUCAUUGACACCAUCGCCAACAUCCAACUGGUGACCAUCUACCAGAGGGACUCCGCUGUUUUCUUGCAGGCUCUUCACUUCUUCAUCGGGUUCGGGGCCCUGGUGAGUCCGCUGAUUGCGGAUCCCUUCCUCUCGGAGUCGGGCUGCGGGAAUGGCACAGGGAACGGGACGGAGAUGAUGCAUCAUUUCAGGAACAUGCUGAGGAACAGUCCGAUCGCAGUGCACAACAUAACUCUGAGCGACUCGCCCCACGAGACGGGGGGGGAGGAGUCCACUGUGCACUACGCUUUCUGGAUCAUGGCACUUAUUAAUCUGCCCGUGCCCAUUGCCGUCCUGUUCCUGAUGUACCGGGAGAAGCUCAUCCCGUGUUGUCCCGGCGACACCCCCCGCCUGCUGGACAAGGACGAACUAGCAAUGGAGAACCAGCAGGGGGCCGAGGGCCCGGACGUGGAGCAGAGCGAACACGGGGCCGGAGGUCACGGUGAUAUCUUCAGCUGCUGUCGGAACGACAACCUGCGCGGCCUGCCGGUCUCCUUCUUCAUGAUCCAUGUCCUCGGUGGGUUGGUGCUCUUCAUGACCGACGGAAUCGUGGGCGCGUACGCUGGCUUCGUGUACACCUACGCCGUGACGCCGCCGAUGUCACUGCCUCACAAGACGGCCGGUUACCUGGCCAGCAUCUUCUGGGCGGCCAUCACGGCGGGACGUCUGCUGUCCAUCCCCCUGUCGUAUCGCUUCCAGCCCGUCAGGCUGCUCCUGUUCAACCUGGCUGGGGCCAUUGUCACGGUGUUGAUGCUGCUCAUUUUCUACACCAGCAGCGUCUUUCUGUUUGUCGGUACCUGUCUAUGCGGACUGUUCCUCAGCAGCAUCUUCCCCUGCAUGCUCGCCUACACCGAGGACAUCCUGGACUACCAGGGAUGCGCAACGUCCGUCCUGGUGACGAGCGCCGGGAUGGGAGAGAUGGUGAUGCAGGUUCUGGUCGGCUCAAUCAUCCAGACCGAAGGCAGCUACAGCUUCCUGUUGUGUGGGAUGAUAAUCGGCUGCCUGGGAUUCAUCUUCUUCUUUGGUCUCCUGCUGUUCCAUCGGAUGCACAGAAACUACCUCGCAGGAACAUCGAAGAAGUCCGCCAUGGUGGAGGAACCGGCAGCCGAGCAGAACGGAUCCGCAAAAACAGAACAGAAGGAGGAGAGCGAGAGCAUCUGAGACGGGACGGCGGCUACUGUGGACGAAGACUUGAGAUGAUUGACCGACCGAUCGUCGUCGACCACAUGUGCAACUGUUUCACCAAGUAGUUCGUCCGCUGCUGUCAAAUUCUCGGCUCGUCUUUCUGUUUCAUGUGAAUCACAGUGUUCAUCAGAUGAUGUUCUGUUUUAUACGUCGUAGGUUUUAAAAUUUACGAAACAAAUAUAAUGAUUAUGCGAGCGGGUUGCCAUGGAAAAUAUACUUUUGUAUACAAAGCAUCUUUUGUUUUCAUAUUGUUUUAUGUGUUGUGCAUAUCUUUUGUGAAUGUUUAAAGUCUAUUAAAUGUCUAUUAAAAAAUAGCUUUACA